AUGGCCAAAUAUAUAGCUCAAAUUAUUGUGCUAGGUGCACAGGUCGUGGGUAAAGCCUUUGCAAGGGCUUUGAAACAAGAGAUUGCUGCAUCUCAAGAAGCAGCCAAGAGAGCUGGUGGUGGACCCCAGGGGGCGAAAAGAGCUGCGGCAAAUGCUUCAUCAGGCCUUACUUUAGAAGAGGCUAUGCAAAUCCUUAACAUAGACAAAAUAGAUCCCGAAAAACUGAAAAACAACUAUGAACAUUUGUUUUCCGUAAAUGAAAAGGCUAAAGGUGGUUCCUUUUAUCUCCAAUCUAAGAUAGUAAGAGCAAAAGAGAGGUUAGACAUUGAAAUAAAGGACAAACAGUCUUCAGAUACCCAAAAACAGGCAAAUCCAUCAUGA